ACAAACUUGACAAAAUGGCGAUUGGUUGUCAACAAUAACAAUCUUACAGUUUUAGCCUGACCAAUCUUUCCGUGCUGACAGCCAAGAUUGUUUCCUCAUAAACUUGGGUAUGUCUUGGCAUACUUGAGAAAAGAUCGAUCGUCACACUGAGCAGACAAAUUGCGAACUAUUUCUGAGAUGGACAUCGAUCAAUUAUCUGAUGAGAAUGAGAGGUCACGGAUAUCAGAAGAUGAGGAUGCUAUGUCUACUGCUAGAACUGAUGUCACAGAGGAAGGGUCUGAAGAAGGGUCAGUGGUAGGAACACCUAAAUCCUCCUCGAGGCACAGACGAAGGAGAAAUAAAAAUGGUUUGAAUGAAGUUGAUACAUCCCCUCCUGAUAAAAAACUAGCGAGAUCUGAGAAAAAGGCAAAGAAGUUUAGUUCUGAAAAAAAGUUUGAUGAAGCUCUGCAAGAACUUAUCCGGUGCACAGCCUUGGCUAGGAUAGUCUAUGGUGAUGGUCACUGGAAACUUGCAGAAGCUUAUGCCAACUUGGCAAGGGGCUAUUUCGAAUUAAAAGACUACCCUGUACAAGCCCAGGCACAUGCUGAAACGGCCAAGAACGUGAUGUACAAUACGAGGCAUGUCGCUGGAUCAGAUGACGAGCGUGCUAAUAUCAUUGGAGUGAACAUACAAAUUCACUACGCCAUGGGUUUAGCUCUGAUUGCCCUACAAAGGUUAAAUGAAGCUGAGAAAUGCCUGAUGACCGCUGAGAAACAGAGUAAAGACAGAGCCAAGUUGAAUGUUCUUGAUGUGGCCGAUACAGAUGAGAUGGACAUUAAAAUAUGCAUUGGACUUGCCAAGGUAAAUGCAAAGCAACAGAAGUUUGCUAAUUCCAUUCGUUUCUUAGAGAAGGCAAUAGAUCUGAUUAAGUUGGUGCAUGGGGACGAUAGCAUCGACUUGAUUCCUGUCUAUCAGAGUAUCGGACAGGUUGAACAGGCCAAGGGCAAACUAGCCAAUCAGUCGCGAGCUGUCGAGAUGUACUACCAGGCACAUGUGGUUGCUUCGGAACAUUACAAAGAGGGCGCUGUGGAGGUAGCUGAGACUGCAAUGGUGUUGGCAGCAGCUUAUGCUCAGACUGGAGAUCCGGCUGGGGAGGCAUCUGCCGAGAGUUACAUGAACGAAGCCCUCAUCACCUACCAAGUGGCCUAUGGACCAAAUCAUGCCAAAACUGUCGAAGCAGAGGAUGAGCUGGCUAAACUUAUGGUGCGAACUGACAGACAGCAGGAGGCCAUCUCAUUACUGAAGAAGUCAAUUGCGGCCAAGAAGGAGGUAUUUGGUGAUAACAGCCAGGAAGUUGCUGAUACAUAUAAACUGGUUGCGUCCGUCCACCUAGCUCAGGGAGACAUGGAACUGUCUCUCAAAUUCUUUCAAAAGUGCCUUUCUAUUGAGACAAUGCUGUAUGGAGCUGGCGGUAAGAGGACGAAGAACACACAGAGCAGCAUUGACAUGAUCAUGGCAAAUCCAAGAAUCGCAUCAACACAACCUAGAUCAAAGAAAGAAGAGCUCAAGACUCGGCCCCGAUUUUCAAGUAUUGUCAACCGGAGUUCUAGUUCUGGAGGAUUCAUAGCAUAAACAUUAGUACCAUAGAACAUUAUAGAACAGAGAUGAUGAACGGAUGUACGUCCAAGCUAUCUCAUUAACACAUUAUAUUUACAAGGAGGAGUCUUUAGAUAUUGUAGAACAGGAAAUUUGCUGUGGCCAAUGUUUGUGAUCGCCGAAGAAAAGAUGGACACAUUAGCGGCAUGUUAUUUUCUCCAAGUCAAAGGUGCCUUUAGUUUCAAAAGAAUA